AUGCCCUCGGACCUACGCCUCCGCCCCAGUCCGCAAGCCGGACCUUCGACCUCCCCCAACCGAGGCUCCACACGUCCGCUCCGCUCCCCCUCCACGCGUCCUCAACCGCGUCCUCGCCGCUCGAACGUCCUCGGCGUCUCCCCUCUCGUCUUAUCCUUCUUCCUCUUGCUCUCCCUCUCUUGGUCCUUCAUCUCGAUUCAUUAUCACUUGGCGCCUUAUUCUUGGUUAUCGGAUUGGAAACAUAGGCACGAUAAGAUCGUACAACAUCGACCGGCGUUCAAGCAUGUCGAGAGGUGCGUUUCCAUGCGUUUCCCCAUCGGAUUUCGAGGAGUGAGGAGAGGGUGUUUUGUAAGAAAAAACAUGCUGAUGUGGUGGUCUCGAUGGUAAUGAAACAGGUACUCGCCUGAGCAUCGCUUCCGACCUGCCGCGAGUCCGGUCAUCAAGAUCAAGGAUCGGAAAGGGAACGUCAAGAAGGUCAAGGGAUUGUAUCAUUGA